GUAGCCAACCAGAAAGCAUCAUGCAAAUCAGAAUACUGUAUCCUGUACCAACUGCUCUGUUGCUAGCUGGUUGUUAUAGUGAUAAACUAAGGCCUUGCCUCUUGGCUUCUCCUUGAAAGAAAAACCUUUAAUUUCUCAAGGGAAGGAAAAGAAGAGAAGGAGGAGAAGGCGGGGGAGAGAAUUACAUGUGAAAGGAAAACAUUAUCUGGCUGAGAAGAGAAUAGCCAAGAGGGCAUCACUACAAAGAAGCAUUCACUGGCCAUGCCAGUGCUUGCAACAAAUGCUGAGUCAGAACCAGGUAUCCCAAAAUCCCUUUCUAAUGAGCUUCCUUCAGAAACCAUGGAGGAGAUAGAACACACAUGCCCUCAGCCUCGACUGACUUUGUCUGCACCUGCUCCAUUUGCAGGUGAAACAAGCUGCCAGUGUAAAGCUCCUCAUGAGAAACUAACCAUUGCUCAGGCCCGCCUUGGAACCCCAGUGGACAGACCUGUCAGAGUCUAUGCAGAUGGAAUAUUCGAUCUUUUCCAUGCUGGUCAUGCUAGAGCUCUUAUGCAAGCCAAAACUCUGUUUCCUAAUAGCUACUUGUUGGUAGGAGUUUGCAGUGAUGAUCUUACCCACAAGUUUAAAGGCUUCACUGUAAUGAACGAAGCAGAGAGGUAUGAGGCCCUCAGACACUGCCGUUACGUAGAUGAAGUAAUCAGAGAUGCUCCAUGGACACUCACACCGGAGUUUCUGGAAAACCAUAAGAUUGAUUUUGUAGCCCAUGACGACAUUCCAUAUUCUUCUGCUGGUUCAGAUGAUGUUUACAAGCAUAUAAAGGAGGCAGGAAUGUUUGUACCAACUCAGAGAACUGAGGGCAUCUCAACAUCAGAUAUCAUCACUAGAAUUGUACGUGAUUACGAUGUUUAUGCCCGCCGCAACCUUCAGAGAGGAUAUACUGCUAAAGAGUUGAAUGUCAGCUUUAUAAAUGAAAAGAAAUACCGCCUUCAGAACCAGGUAGACAAAAUGAAAGAAAAAGUGAAGAAUGUGGAAGAAAAGUCUAAAGAGUUUGUGAAUCGAGUAGAAGAAAAAAGUCACGAUCUCAUUCAGAAAUGGGAAGAGAAGUCUAGAGAGUUUAUUGGGAACUUCUUAGAGCUGUUUGGGCCAGAUGGAGCUUGGAAGCAGAUGUUUCAAGAGCGGAGUGGGCGCAUGCUUCAAGCGUUGUCUCCAAGGCAAAGCCCCACAAGCAGUCCAACAGGAGGACGUUCACCAUCACGGUCUCCAUCUCCCCCUUCCCCCUGGCUCUUCAGAAAGGUUUCACCCCCUUCUUCUCCAAAAGCCGCCUCAGUAUCCAUUAGCAGCAUGAGUGAAGGAGAUGAAGAUGAAAAGUAAAAAGAGGGGGGGAAAGUAAUAAAGAGAAAGAGAGAAUACACAAGAUGUCCUGCUAAUUCAGAAGUGAAGUCUAAAGGAAAAUACAAAAAAAAAUGAAGCAUGAGAAAUUUCUGGAAAGGGAUAGGGGCACCACAAGGAUAAUGAAGCACUGAAGAUAUCAGCUGCAACACAGGCACUUGCUGAAGUGGAGGUUGCCUGACCAACAGCGCAUGAUGAAAGGAUAUCCAGACAUUUGAAUAUUUCCCAACAAUUAUUAACAAUUUAUUGUGCUGUUUCAGUUGUUGUUGCUCAAAUCUCUUCAAGAGUUAUGAGAAAUCUUGCAUUAAAGGGGAACUAUGCAGAUGAACCAAGCUGGCACAUGGUAUGAAGAAGCAUUCCCUUCAGUUAGACAAGAUGCAUCUACAUUUGAACUCCAUUGCACAUUUGCUAAAAGCUGAACUUUUGAAAAUGAGGUACUGUCUGGAAAUAGCAAAAGCUCCCACAAUGCAAACAUGGGGGAACAACGCCCCCCCCAUCAAACCAUAUCAAUUGAACUAAACUAUCUUUCACAAUGGACAUACUUUGCAUCUACUGAGUUUGGUGAAAAUUGCUUGUUGAUCAGGCUUUUCUGUAAGGCGAGGUUAUUUAAAUGUGAAUAGAAUUUGUUUGGUUCACUCUUCCUAUGUUAUAUUAGUGUCUCCAAAACUAACAUUUUCUUUUCUUUUUUCUUUCUUUUCUUUCCUUUUCUUUUGUAAGAGUUUUCCCCCUGAUGUUGUUAAGAAAGCUGUUUCACAUCUGAUAAAUUUUAUUUAUUUUUAAUUAAUCCAUAGAAAGACCAAAGCUCAGGCUAGGCCCCAGUAAUAUUUUGUAUCCACAGAGUGGAUUUUUAAAUUAUUUUCACAGCUAGAUGUCCAAUUAUAAAAAAUGUGUUUGGAUAGAUUAAUCCAAACUUUUUGCUCAGAUAAGGCUGUAAGAUGAACUAGUUAACUGUUAAGAGGUCAGCCUCAUGAGACUGUAUGAAAAGCUUACUCAUUCUGAUGAAAAAUGUUUUAAUGUGUAUACACCCAUGGGAAUCCAUGAGUAAUCCUAUAGAAGCAAAACUUUACAUUAGAAGUGACUCUUCAUUACAGACCUUUGUAUUAUUGGAAGAUCUUAGUAGAUUCUCAGUGAAUUACACAGACAACUACAUUUUCUCCUAUCUUGCCCUUUCUUCAGUUUUUUAAAAAUCUGAAAUGUCCCCUAUAUGCUCAAGGUUUUCACUUAUGAAGCACAUAUGCACAGCACAUAGGUAUACAGAAGUAACUGCAUAUUUCCUUUAUAGACCCAGCCUACAUUCCUUUUUUUGCAGUUACAGUAGCUUGUGUCACUGGGGUUUCCACAUCUGCCAAUGAUAUGACAAAGCCAGAUAUGAGAAACAUGAGCAACCCACCUUGCAAAAUAAUGUAAGUGUAUGUUUGCAGGCUUCCCAUGGGCGUCAGGUUGGCCACUGUGAGAAAAGAAUGCAGGACUAGAGGGUCCUUUGGCCUGACCCAACAGUGCUCAUCUUAUACUCUUAUGGGAAAUAAUGGAAAUUGUGGCUCUUUAAAAGCAUUGUCAUGUCCAAUAAUACAUCAGAGUCCAGCAUGAUUCUUCUCUUAUGUGUGACGUAUUAAAGCCAUGAGCACUUUAGGUAAGCCAUACCGUUAUAGCCCUCCUACAGUAAGUUUUAAUAGGCGUGGUUAUUAUUGACCUGAAAGGAGCUGAAAUAUCUCCCACCAGCUUUUCCGGGUUCCUUCCUUUCUGAAAAGUGAGAUUACAAAGAGAAUGAAAUUAUUUGUGACCCUACAGCAGACCUGCAUAAUUUGUGACCCAUCAAGCUGACUGCAGUCCAUUAGCCAUGGAUGCAGGCUUAGUAGAACCUCCUGGGUUUGCUUCUUGUCCCUGGAAUGCAGGUAGAUGACAACUGACAAUAUAUGGCUGGUGGGAUAUGUUCACCUUCUAAGGUUAUGAGUUGUGCCUUACUGAUAAAUGAACUGGCUCAUCUUCCCAGAGAGGUUGCUACACAUAAACCCUCUCAUUUUUUAUUGCUGUCUGUCACACAUUCAAGCAAUGAUUAUUUUAUGCGCCAAGCUAGAUAGGAAUUAUAAAAAUAUAUUGGAAAUUUCAGCUUGCAGUAUCUAGAAUGAAGAGUGACAAAUAGGCAGCUGAUCCAUCCCAUUUUUCUCUCAAUAUUUAUCAAUGCAAUAUUUCCACAGGACAGGGAGUAUAAAAAUAACAAUGUACCACCAGAAACAACUAAUAAGAUAGAUACAUAUUUCAAGAAAUACAUGCCAUUUGUGAACAAUGGUAAAAUUCCUGUGUAUAACUGUGUGUUUGUGCAUCUCAUGGUAGUGACAGCAAUACCUUGUUUUUGGAUCUUAUUCCAUUUACUUGUGGAAUCAGAUAUUAGUGUGGUGUGCCUUUUCCACACAAGAUAGAUGUUGGACUACAACUUCCAUCAACCCCAGCCAACUUAACCAAUGGCUAUGGAUGAUGGGAGCUGUAGUCCGGCAACAUGCAGGGUGGAAGAACACUUUAAAACAGCUAUUUAAGAUAAAUUAUUGAAAAGCCAUACUUGUUACUAAAACUCUGUAAGGCAAAGACAGAAUAUAAAAACUUUUUCAAAGAUCCUAGUGUCAAUCAAUAUAUCACAAAACUAACCCAUUAGGCAGUGGAACAGUGCUUAUGAGUCAAGUCCCAUCAUGCUUGAUAGCCUUUCAACAUUAAUCAAAGAGGUGUUUUCACACACCAUAGAACUAGCUCCAAGUAGCUCCAUAUUUAGCUAACUUGGGGUGAAUUUGUGAUCUCUGUACACAUCUUGACACCUGCUUCCCUCAACACCCAUUUAAUGAAGGGUUAGCAAACUUGGGAUGCCUUUGUGACUAGUGAGUGACUUGUCUCCCUUAGUUUCAGGCUCCAGAUUCCUUGCAAGAACUCAUCAGGCACUGUGAGCUGUUUCUGGAAUGAGGGGAGUAAAAAACAAAGCAAAAUGCUUACUAAAGCAACCAUAGGUGGUCCACUUUCUGUCACAAGAACAUUAAGGAAGAUUUCCCUGUGUAUUUAUCUUUCAGAGACAAAUCCAAACUGCUUCUAGUAAUAACAAACUAGCUGCAUAAGUCACCACAUAUGUUACAUUUUCAUUACUAGUGGUGCCAAAGCCUAUGUGAUAACAGACAUAUGUGCAUGAGAGAGGAUGGUCUGAUUAAAAAUAUUCCUGUGUUGAUCAGGCAUCCAAGGUGCUUAAUCUCAUGCCUUGCAGGGGCAGUUGUUUAUAUUUCAUAGCUAUACAAAACUCAAGUCUUUGUAUCAGAAAUAAAUUACAGUGAGAUCAGUCAGAUCCUGACUGUUGCUGCUCACUAACAACCUCACUUAGACAAGAAAGAAACAGUUGAAAUUUAAGGAUAUUUACUUGAGCAGGGGUUUUUAGUAGGGGGGGAUUGGGUGGGGGGACAGAAUGUACAUCUGUGACUCUUAAAUCUCCAGCGGAAAGAAAUUAACCAGAACCACCGUUUCAUUUUUGAUGUACUUUAUAAAUGCAAGUGAUAUGCCAAAUAGCAAAGUCGUAUAGAUGUAUGUAAUGUUUUCAGUCAGUAGAUAAGGAGUUUCUGUUGCUGUGACAAAAACUCCAACAAGCAGUUUCCAGCAAUGAUAACAUACAAUAUUAUCUUCAGCCACCAGGAAAUGUUUAAAAAAAUUUUUUUGAGGGGGAGGGGCAUCAGUGGUGUUUUUUUAAAAAAUUAACUAAUGCUGACUGAAUGUGUUCCAAGCUAUUUACGUGCCCAAGAUCCAUGUGGAAGUAAAUUAAGUACAACAGGAA